CCCGCGUUCGGCGGGAAGCGGCGGGCGGCGAGGCCCGGCCGGCGCCAUGAACGGCACGGUGAUCCCCGGCACGCCCAUCGCCGUGGACUUCUGGAGCGUGCGGCGGGCGGGCGGCGCCCGGCUCUUCCUGUCGCACAUGCACGCGGACCACACGGUGGGGCUCUCCAGCACCUGGAGCCGGCCGCUGUACUGCUCGCCGCUCACCGCCCGCCUGCUGCACCACCGCCUGCAGGUGCCGACGUGCUGGAUCCGGCCGCUGGAGGUGGGGCAGAGCCACGCGCUGGGCGAGGAGGGACGGGUGACGCUGCUGGACUCCAACCACUGCCCCGGCUCCGUCAUGUUCCUCUUCGAGGGCACCUUCGGCACGAUCCUCUACACAGGGGACUUCCGCUACGCCGGCGCCAUGCAGCACGAGCCGGCGCUGAGGGGCCGCCGCAUCGACCGCCUCUACCUGGACAACACGCACUGCCGCCUGCGCCAGCCCCUGCCCUCGCGGCGCUGCGCCACGCGCCAGGCCGCCCGCCUCAUCCGCGCGCACCCGUCCCACCACGUCGUCGUCGGUGUGUACAGCCUGGGGAAGGAGGCACUGCUGGUGGACCUGGCGGUGGAGUUCGGCACCUGGGUGGUGGUGAGCCCCUCGCGCCUGGAGCAGAUGCGGCUGCUGGAGCUGCCCGACGUGUUCACCGCUGAGGAGGGGGCCGGCUGGAUCCGUGCGGUGGACGUCGCUGAGAUCCGCUGGGAUACCCUCGUCAGCUGGAACCACAUGCAUCCUACUAUUGCUAUCGUCCCCACUGGCAGGCCCGUGAAGGUCACCCACCCCAACAUCUACCCCAUCCCAUACUCAGAUCACUCAUCCUUUUCAGAGUUGUGCGAGUUCGUGAAGUGGUUGAGACCCUGCUCAAUCAUCCCAAUUAUAAGGGACAACAUGUGCCAGAUUUACUUUCAGAAAUACCUAAGUUCUGACCACCAGGCACUUCCUGACCUCAGAACCCCAAAGCCUGUGCAAGAGUCUUUGCAGCAGCAAAGCAAACAAAGACACAGAGGACUGUGUGCCAGCAAGCUCUUUUCAAGAGACCACUCUGUGUCCCAAGGAGUUGUCUAUGAGUCCCCAGAAAAUAUACUGAGGAGUCUGAUGGCUAGGGGCAUUAGGUUCCUCAGCAGAACUUCUGUGAUGUCAGCUUUCUGCUCCAAAGAAGGUUGUACUGGUUGUCACGCGUCCAAGGAAAAGGGAAGGAAGAACUGAGUGGAGAACAGUCAGGAGUAGCAAUAAGCAGCUGGCGCUGUUAGACAGUCGCCUGUUUCUGAUGAGCACGUCCAAGUGGGUUGCGGAGUCAUACUACUCAUCCUUUAAAUAUCUACAGCAGAAUUCCUCACAGAAAUUUGACAAGGUGGGUAGAAGAUUUCAUUAGGAGGGGAGAAGC